GAGAAAGGGAGAAAACGUAGGGGAGCUCGUCCAUCCAUUGAAGCACAGUUCACUAUGAUCUUACUCACAUUCAGCACUGGAAGACGGUUGGAUUUCGUGCAUCAUUCGGGGGUAUUUUUCUUGCAAACCCUGCUUUGGAUUUUAUGUGCUACCGUCUGCGGAACGGAGCAGUAUUUCAAUGUGGAGGUUUGGUUACAAAAGUACGGCUACCUUCCACCAACUGACCCCAGAAUGUCGGUGCUGCGCUCCGCAGAGACCAUGCAGGCCGCCUUAGCUGCCAUGCAGCAGUUCUACGGCAUUAACAUGACAGGAAAAGUGGACAGAAACACAAUUGACUGGAUGAAGAAGCCUCGAUGUGGUGUACCUGACCAGACAAGAGGUAGCUCCAAAUUUAAUGUUCGUCGAAAGCGAUAUGCAUUAACAGGACAGAAGUGGCAACACAAACACAUCACUUACAGUAUAAAGAACGUAACUCCUAAAGUAGGAGACCCUGAAACCCGCAAAGCUAUUCGCCGUGCCUUUGAUGUGUGGCAGAAUGUAACUCCUCUGACAUUUGAAGAAGUUCCUUACAGCGAAUUGGAAAAUGGCAAACGCGAUGUGGAUAUAACCAUCAUUUUCGCAUCUGGUUUUCAUGGAGAUAGUUCUCCCUUUGAUGGAGAGGGAGGGUUUUUGGCACAUGCCUAUUUCCCUGGACCAGGAAUUGGGGGAGAUACUCAUUUUGACUCAGAUGAGCCAUGGACACUAGGAAAUCCUAAUCAUGAUGGAAAUGACUUAUUUCUUGUAGCAGUUCACGAACUGGGACAUGCUCUGGGAUUGGAGCAUUCCAAUGACCCCACUGCCAUCAUGGCCCCAUUUUACCAGUACAUGGAAACUGACAACUUCAAACUACCUAAUGAUGAUUUGCAAGGCAUCCAGAAAAUUUAUGGUCCACCUGACAAGAUUCCUCCACCGACAAGACCUCUACCGACAGCGCCCCCACACCGCUCCAUUCCUCCAGCCGACCCACGCAAGAAUGACAGGCCCAAACCUCCUCGGCCUCCCACUGGCAGACCUUCCUAUCCUGGAGCCAAACCCAACAUCUGCGAUGGGAACUUUAACACUCUAGCUAUUCUUCGCCGGGAGAUGUUUGUUUUCAAGGACCAGUGGUUUUGGCGAGUGAGAAACAACAGGGUGAUGGAUGGAUACCCCAUGCAAAUUACCUACUUCUGGCGGGGCUUGCCUCCUAGUAUCGAUGCAGUUUAUGAAAACAGUGAUGGGAAUUUUGUCUUCUUUAAAGGUAACAAAUACUGGGUGUUUAAGGAUACAACUCUUCAACCUGGUUAUCCUCAUGACUUGAUUACUCUUGGAAGUGGAAUUCCCCCGCAUGGUAUUGAUUCAGCCAUUUGGUGGGAAGAUGUUGGGAAAACCUAUUUCUUCAAGGGGGACAGGUAUUGGAGAUACAGUGAAGAAAUGAAGACCAUGGAUCCUGGCUAUCCCAAACCAAUCACGGUCUGGAAAGGUAUCCCUGAAUCUCCUCAAGGAGCCUUUGUGCACAAAGAAAAUGGCUUUACGUAUUUCUACAAAGGAAAGGAGUACUGGAAAUUCAACAACCAGAUACUCAAAGUAGAACCUGGAUAUCCCAGAUCCAUCCUCAAGGAUUUUAUGGGCUGUGAUGGACCAACAGACAGAGAUAAAGAAGGACACAGCCCACCAGACGAUGUAGACAUUGUCAUCAAACUGGACAACACAGCCAGCACUGUGAAAGCCAUAGCUAUUGUCAUUCCCUGCAUCUUGGCCUUAUGCCUCCUUGUAUUGGUUUACACUGUGUUCCAGUUCAAGAGGAAAGGAACACCCCGCCACAUACUGUACUGUAAACGCUCUAUGCAAGAGUGGGUGUGAUGUAGGGUUUUUUUUCUUUCUUUCUUUUCCAGGAGUUUGUGGUAACUUGAGAUUCAAGACAAGAGCUGUUAUGCUGUUUCCUAGCUAGGAGCAGGCUUGUGGCAGCCUGAUUCAGGGCUGACCUUUCA